AUGUCCGCUGAAGCUGCGACCACCCCCACCGCCACUGACAACAAUGUCAACGGCUCCCCCGAGGCCAACGGUGCCCCGGCUGCUGCCGCCGCCCCCGAGACCAGCACCGAGGGCUCUGGUGCCGCCAACAACCAGCCUCACUCGGCUUCUCUCUACGUCGGCGAGCUUGACCCCUCCGUCACCGAGGCCAUGCUCUACGAGCUCUUCUCCUCCAUCGGCCAGGUCGCCUCCAUCCGUGUCUGCCGUGACGCCGUCACCCGCCGCUCCCUCGGCUACGCCUACGUUAACUACAACAACACGGCUGAUGGCGAGCGGGCUCUGGAGGACCUGAACUACACCCUCAUCAAGGGCAAGCCCUGCCGUAUCAUGUGGUCCCAGCGUGAUCCCGCCCUGCGCAAGACUGGCCAGGGUAACGUUUUCAUCAAGAACCUGGACAGCGCCAUCGACAACAAGGCCCUCCACGACACCUUCGCUGCGUUCGGUAACAUUCUGAGCUGCAAGGUCGCUCAGGAUGAGUUCGCCAACUCCAAGGGCUACGGCUUCGUCCACUACGAGACCGCCGAGGCUGCCAACAACGCCAUCAAGCACGUUAACGGCAUGCUUCUGAACGACAAGAAGGUUUUCGUUGGCCACCACAUCUCCAAGAAGGACCGCCAGAGCAAGUUCGAGGAGAUGAAGGCCAACUUCACCAACAUCUACGUCAAGAACCUCGACACUGAGAUCCCCGACGAGGAGUUCCGCACCAUGUUCGAGAAGUUCGGUGAGAUCACCUCCGCUACCCUCAGCCACGACCAGGAGGGCAAGAGCCGUGGCUUCGGUUUCGUCAACUAUUCCACCCACGAGAGCGCGCAGGCCGCCGUUGACGAGAUGAACGAGAAGGAGAUCAAGAGCCAGAAGCUCUAUGUUGGCCGUGCCCAGAAGAAGCACGAGCGUGAGGAGGAGCUGCGCAAGCAGUACGAGGCCGCCCGCCUUGAGAAGGCCUCCAAGUACCAGGGUGUCAACCUGUACGUCAAGAACCUGACUGACGAUGUUGAUGACGAGAAGCUCCGUGAGCUCUUCAACCCCUACGGCACCAUCACCUCCGCCAAAGUUAUGCGCGACUCCGUGACCGACCGUACCCCUACUCCCGAGGCCGAGGAGAAGGAGGGCGAGAAGUCUGAGGAGAAGACCGAGGAGAAGAAGGACGAGGAGAAGAGUGAGAAGAAGGAUGAGGAGAAGACCGAAGAGAAGAAGGAGGAGGGCGAAGAGGGUGAGGAGAAGGAAGGCGAGAAGUCCGAGAAGAAGCUUCUUGGAAAGAGCAAGGGCUUCGGCUUCGUCUGCUUCAGCAGCCCCGAUGAGGCCUCCAAGGCUGUGACCGAGAUGAAUCAGCGUAUGGUCAACGGCAAGCCUCUCUACGUUGCUCUUGCCCAGCGCAAGGAUGUUCGCCGCAGCCAGCUCGAGGCCAGCAUCCAGGCCCGCAACACCAUUCGCCAGCAGCAGGCCGCCGCCGCUGCCGGUAUGCCCCAGCCUUACAUGCAGCCCGCCGUCUUCUACGGCCCCGGUCAGCAGGGCUUCAUCCCCGGCGCCCAGCGUGGUGGCAUGCCCUUCCCUCCCCAGCCCGGCAUGGUCAUGGCUGGCAUCCCGGGUGGACGUCCCGGUCAGUACCCCGGCGGCUUCCCUCAGCAGGGCGGUCGUGGCAUGGGCCCCAACCAGCAGAUUCCCCCCAACUUCCAGGGCAUGCCCAUGGGUAUGCAGGUUCCCGGUGGCAUGCCUAACGGCAUGGGCUACCCUAUGCAGGCUCAGUUCGGCCGUGGCUCUGGUGGCCGUGGUCAGGUUCCUGGUAUGCCUAUGGGCCAGGGCAUGCGUGGCGGCCCCGGCUACGGCCGUGGUGGUCCCCAGGGUAUGGGUCGUGGUCAGGGCCGCGGCCAGCCCGCCCCCGCUACUCAGACCGCUGAGGGUGUUGCUGGUGGCAUCGCCGCCGCUCCCGCUCCCCAGCAGAAGCAGAUGCUCGGUGAAGCUCUCUACCCUAAGAUCCAGGCUCAGCAGCCCGAGCUGGCUGGGAAGAUUACUGGUAUGCUUUUGGAGAUGGACAACACUGAGCUGCUUGGCCUGCUUGAUGAUGACGAGGCUCUCCGCGCCAAGGUUGACGAGGCUCUGAGCGUUUAUGACGAGUACAUGAAGAACAAGGGUACCGAGGGUGAGGCUGCUGAGGCCAAGCCCAAGGAGGCUUCCUCGGAGGAGAACAAGUCUUAA